AUGGGCAUCUUAGCCCUGAGAGGCAUGUGGCCAUCAGUUUUGCUAUUCUUGAUACCACGAACACCAGCACCAUUAUUAAGGACACCAAAAAUGGCUACCCUUAGCAUCAACGCCACCAGUAGAGGAAGAAGAGACACCCUUCUUGAGUUCAGUCUUGUAACCAGAAACACUAGAAACUUGAUUGAUCUUGACAUCCGUAACUUGAUGUUUGCGCUGGAUAUCUUAGCACAGCAUAGUCCGACCCAUCACUUCCUCACGGUUAUCAACCUGCAUGAUAUGGCAAUACUGUUUGGCGCGUACUUUAAGAAGACCAAACCCUUGACCUUCGAUUUACCUGCACCAGCCAACACCGCUUCAUCUUCUUCCAUAUCGUCAUGCAGCUCGUCUGUUGAAAAAUUCUCCCCUGAUGAUCCAUGUUCUUAUCUCGCUGCUGCUCUUCCUCCAAAUCCGAUUCAGGAAUAUCAACAUCCUCAUCAUUCUUACCCUGUCCAAACUUCUCCUGAUCAAUAUGAUCCAUCACCAGGGUGCUAA